AUGCUUGCGGAGCCGUAUCAAGAAAAGCAUGCCCUGGCAGCCCAGUUUGACCAUUUGAAUGGUCAGCAGCGUGUGGUACCGAGCCUGAAAACUAUCCACCCGGGAUGGGUCCUCGAGAAGCAUCCUGAGUAUGAGCGGCUCGGCAGAGACUUGGCUGCGUGGUGUAACAGCUGGUGGGACGAUCCCAGAAUUCGAUACAUGCUCGAAUCUCUUGACCCCGCUCUCUGGACUGCGUUAUCAUAUCCAAGGACUCCAUAUGACAAGCUAUUAGUGAUUGGAAAGUGUCUUGCUUGGACAUUUGUCUGGGACGACGCCAUCGACGACGGGAAAUUUACACAUGACAUCGAGGGAGUACUCAGGUAUCAGGACGAGACACUUGGAUUCAUCAAUGACUGUUUCGAACCUGGAAUACAAACUCUCUCUCUGACCCAUCCCGACCCUGCCAUCGAGGCCUUCAAGGAUUUUGCAUAUGAGAUCAAAGAAACCUCUAAUCCACUGACCACUAGCCGCUUUGCUGAAGAGUUCCGCAUUUGGGUGAUUUCGACAGCCGAGUGCCAGAAAGAGCGCGUACAGCCCGAUGUACCCGCAUUGACAAGCUAUCUGACAAGAAGAUCAUUGAAUGUAGGCUUCUACCCGUAUAUUGUCUUACUUGAAUAUGCCUAUGAUGUGAGCAUUCCAGACAAGUGGUGGAAAACCAACAAGGACAUGCAAAUAAUAUGGUAUCAAUCAGCCCUGAUAGCAUUCAUGGAAUUUUGCGGUAGUACCAAUGACAUGGUCUCCCUUCCUAAAGAACUAGUUGCGGGCCAGUUUGAAAGCUGGAUUCCACUAACAAUGUACCACCGGGGUGUCUCAGUCCAAGACGCAAUGGACUCCACAGGCCAAAUGGUUCGAGAUACAUCUGUAAAGAUCCUCGACGCGGAAAAUAGACUUUACGCGGAUGCCAAUGCUGAGAUACUCCUCGCAACGGUACCUUAAACACGGUGUAGUGCAAGAAGAUGGCUCAAUUAUUUUCAAAAUGAAUGUGAAAACUGCCGAGCGAAAAGGAAUAUAGACG